AAUAAUAUUACUCACACUCACACCCUUGGCCGGAACCCAGAACAACAGUCGGAAAAUGCAGUUCGCCGAGCAGCUGGUACUCGAUUUAAGCAGUCCCGAUCUUCGCGAAAACGCACUUCUCGAACUCUCCAAGGUAUGAAUUCGACAAUACAGAGCUCCAUUAUGAGAUUUUACAGCUUAGGAGCGUCAAAACAUGAUUGAAUCUGUGAGUUUCGACGAACGCGAAAUAGUUUCAAUAUAUCCUUUUCUAUCACCGCCCAAUUUGACUCCAGCUCAAUCAAACAGAGUUUGCAAUGCGCUUGCCCUUCUUCAGUGUGUAGCUUCUCAUCCAGACACAAGAAUGCUGUUCUUGAAUGCUCAUAUUCCUUUAUAUUUAUACCCUUUUCUCAACACAACUAGCAAAUCAAGGCCAUUUGAGUAUCUGAGGCUCACUAGCUUAGGUGUCAUUGGUGCACUAGUGAAGGUUGAUGACACAGAAGUUAUCAGUUUUCUGCUUUCAACAGAAAUAAUCCCCCUGUGCCUGCGCACGAUGGAAAUGGGCAGUGAAUUGUCUAAAACAGUUGCCACAUUUAUAGUUCAAAAGAUCUUGUUGGACGAUGUUGGGCUGGACUACAUAUGCACCACUGCUGAACGGUUUUUUGCAGUGGGUAGAGUUUUGGGAAAUAUGGUUGCUGCACUUGCUGAACAACCGUCUUCACGACUUUUGAAACACAUCAUCCGAUGUUACCUUCGUUUGUCAGAUAAUCCAAGGGCGUGUGAUGCUUUGAGGAGCUGUCUUCCUGAUAUGCUAAGAGAUGCUACUUUUAGCAGUUGCCUUCGUGAGGACCCGACGACAAGAAGGUGGCUUCAACAGUUGGUUCAUAAUGUUCAAGGACCCCGGGUUGGUCUUCAGGGGGCUGGAGGAUUUGACCACAUGCUGGUCAACUGAAUAUCAAGUUCCAACAAAUAAUUAUUAUUAUUUAACCACGCUUUAAUUUUUUAAAUUAUUGUUUGGUUAUGGGUCUGUUAACCUAGCAUUUUGUUGAUGCCACGGGCAGUGUCUUGUGUAUAUCUAACUAUAUCUCUAAAUACUAAUGUUUUUUAGUUAUUGAAAAUUAGGAAUUUUGUUUUUAUUUUU